AUGGCAGAAGAACGUCUUUGGAAGUUCCGAAAGCCCGAGUGGCUGAACAGUGUCUGGGCACGAAACACGGGCGUCUACGCUGCAGGAGCUCUGUUUUCGCUCGCAUUCUACGUCAUGCUCGACUCGGCCGUAUGGUCUAAAUCCGCCCGCAACGGCUCCAACGUCCACAUUAAAUUUGUCGACUGGCUCCCGCUUGUCUUUUCCAGCCUCGGCAUGCUCAUCAUCAACUCUGUUGAGAAGACACGCCUGAGCGCCGACUCCUUCAGCUAUAGCGGAUCUGGGGUGGCGUGGAAGGCUCGGGUGGUGCUUUUCCUGGGGUUUGCCGCCCUCGCAGGCGGCAUGGCUGGUGGCGUGACGGUCUUUGUGCUCAAGUUUGUGGUGCCUGGUGUUUCUAUGCCUGCGCUGGGAAUGGGCAUUGAGAAUAUCGUGAGCAAUGCGCUGGUUGGGUUCAGCUCCGUUGUUCUCUGGGUCAGUCAGAACAUGGAGGAUGAGUACUCUUACAAUCUAUCGAUAUAA